UACGUGACACGAUGUGCGAUUACGUGAUGCGUCCGGCGAGACGGCAGCGGACAGACGGCGGCGGCGGCUGUGGCGGCGGCAACAUGGAGAUCCCGAACGACCUGCUGAUCUGCGAGGUGUUGACGAGGCUGCCCGUGAAAUCCCUCCUGCGGUUCAGGUCGGUGUGCCGUUCGUGGCGCGACGCCGUGGCGGACCCCGCCUUCGUGCGCCGCCACCUCGAGCUCUCCCGCGCCGCGACGCCGCCGUCGACGACGGUGCUCGCCGUCCACACGCGCAUGGACCAUGACCCAGACGACAGAGCGGCGCCCGAGGACGUGGUCAGCUUCCACCGUGUCCGUCCAGGACAGUCUCCUGCCGCCGCCGCCGCCGCCAUCGUCGAGCUGAUGCACGAGGAGGCUAUGGAGUGCGCCGGCAUCCACCUGUUCGCCUCGCACUGCGACGGCCUCGUCGCCGUCGCGGCUACACGCGGGGAAGAUCUUCGUGUGCAACCCCGCCACCAAGGAGUUCUUCCUCCUGCCGCCGGGAGGCCGCAACGGCCCGAGCAAGGAGACGGCGGCUCUCGGCUUCGACCCCUGCACCGGCAGGUACGUCGUCGCCAGAUGCUUCUUCCGGCGCGACGUAUACUACCGCGACGAGGACACCGGCGUGCUGCAGUAUCUGGAGUACGACAUUAACGACAUCGUCCACCAGGU